UACAGCGACCAAAGCAGACUGCAGACUGACUGAAGGAGACUGGUAUCUACCUGGCUAUUAAUCUGUCCAUCUAUCUUUCUGACGACGGAGGACUUUAGAUAAUCAAAGGAACUGACCUGACCCGAAGCGUUAAGGCCAACAAUACCCUUUUCCGUCGACAUGAAUACGAAUUACACGUUAACAUCGCGGUGUGUGUGUAUGAUGAACGGCUGAGGAGGAGGAGGAGGAGGAGGCUGCGGUCUGAAACCAGAUUUUAUCCUGGACAUUUUGGAGCAAACGUCGUGUCGUUUACACAAGGAGGCUGUGCGCUUACCUGCUAUGCUCACAAAUGAGCUAUACUGAUUUUCCACCUUAGUUUCGAGAGGUUUUUGGCAUGGUUUGUAUCCACCAAGGAGCCUCCAGCAGCGGGACAUUGAAGGUUUUUUCCUCUAGAUAUGGAGUGUGAAGAUGCGGAUUACAGAGGAAUCCCCACCGCUAGUUUAGCCGCACUGGUUUCUGUACACAUAUCAUUGCGGUGUUAUUGCUGGCAAGAAUAAAUGGGCCUAUGAUGGUAAAUGUGUAUUUUCUGUCCAGGGCAAUCAAUCGGUGAUUUUCGGAGCUUGACUGGACUCCCAUUAGCCCGUGAGAGCAUUCGUGCUAGCCUGCUUGUUGUAGCUCCUAGCUCCAUUAGCCAGCUAACAGCUAAAAGCUAAACUGGCUGGAGGUUAAAAAGGGGUUUUUAACAACCCACACCAGGUUGUACCGACGUUUCCUCCCCGCAACACAUUUAUUCACAGAAUCUGGGUGGGUUUAUUUCUUCAGGAAUGAGGUCUCGUAUGGAGAGGAAUCGUUUGACCUUGUUUUGGGGUCUGAUGCUGGGUCUGUCCUCCUGCCUCCGGCCCGCCACCGCAGAGAUCUGUGGCCCCAGCAUUGACAUUGGCAAUGACAUCAGUGAAUUCAGGCGUCUGGAGAACUGUACGGUGGUGGAGGGAUACCUGCAGAUUCUCCUCAUCGGCGACAAGAACAACAAUGUUAACCAGGAGAUCUUCCGUUCACUCAGCUUCCCCAAGCUUACCAUGAUCACCGACUAUCUGCUGCUAUUCCGGGUGUCGGGCCUGGAUAGCCUGAGCACACUUUUUCCCAACCUCACCGUCAUCCGCGGCCGCAACCUCUUUUACAACUAUGCCCUGGUGAUCUUUGAGAUGACAAGCUUGAAGGACAUCGGCCUGUACAACUUGAGGAACAUCACCCGAGGUGCUAUCCGUAUUGAGAAAAACCCUGAGCUUUGCUACCUGGACUCGGUGGACUGGUCCCUCAUCAUGGAUGCUGAGUUCAACAACUUCAUUGCCGGGAACAAGCAGUCCAAGGAGUGCGGAGAUGUUUGCCCGGGCAUCAUGGAGAACAGCCCUCAGUGCAGAAAGACAAUGUUCAACGAUAACUACAGCUACCGAUGCUGGAACUCCAACCACUGCCAGAAAGAAUGCCCAGAGAAGUGUGCACAUAGAGCGUGCACAGCAGACGGUGAGUGCUGCCACCCUCAGUGUCUGGGCAGCUGCACAGUUCCUGGUAGUGACACCGCAUGUGCAGCGUGCCUGCAUUACUACCACCAGGGGCGCUGCGUGGCCGAUUGCCCUGCUGGCACCUACAGGUUUGAGGGAUGGCGCUGCAUCAGUGGCGAGCUCUGUUCCAAGGUCCACCUCCCUGACUUUGACAGCUUUGUCAUCCACGGCGGCGAGUGCAUGCCCGACUGCCCAUCUGGAUACACCCGCACUGUACCUAACAGUAUGUUCUGCACAGCCUGUGAUGGUCUAUGUGAUAAGGUUUGUGAGGAGAAGGUCAUCGACUCCGUGGAUGCUGCCCAGUCUCUCAAAGGCUGCACUGUUAUCAAAGGCAACCUGCAUAUCAACAUCCGCAGAGGCCACAACAUGGUGGCAGAGCUGGAGAGUUUCACAGGUUUGAUCCAGCGGGUGACAGGAUUCGUCCAGAUUCGACACUCCCCCACUCUGGGCUCCCUGGCCUUCCUCCGCAGCCUGAGAUACAUUGAUGGAGAGGACCUUCUUGAUGAUAUGUAUGCCUUCUCAGCGUUUGACAACCAGCAGCUGCAGUAUCUUUGGGACUGGAAGCAGCACAAUCUGACCAUCAAGACGGGGAAGCUGUUCUUUAGAGCCAACCCAAAGCUCUGCAUGUCUGAGAUCCGCAAGAUGUGGCAGAAGACUGGCAUCCAGGAACGUUUUGACGAGACCGAAUUCCAAAACAACGGUCACAGGGCCAGCUGUGAAAGCACUAUCCUGAAGUUCAAGUCGAACAGCACCAGCAGUACCAGGAUCAAACUAACAUGGCAGCGCUACCGACCCUCUGACUACAGAGACCUCAUCAGUUUCAUCGUCUACUACAAGGAGGCGCCUUUUCAGAACAUCACAGAGUUUGAGGGACAGGACGGUUGUGGCUCGAACAGCUGGAACAUGGUGGAUGUGGAGCUAAGUCAGGACAAGGACUCAGACCCUGGGGUUCUACUGUCCAACCUGAAGCCCUGGACGCAGUACGCCAUCUUUGUUAAGGCUAUCACACUCAUGGUGGAGGACAAGCAUGUACCGAGUGCCAAGAGCAAGGUGGUCUACAUCCGCACCAGCCCUGCAGCUCCCUCCAUGCCACUGGAUGUGCGGGCCUAUUCUAACUCGUCAACCCAGUUGGUGGUGCGUUGGUCGCCCCCUGUGUCACCCAAUGGAAACCAGACCUACUACCUGGUGAGAUGGCAGCAACAAGCCGAAGACCGAGAGCUGUACCAGCACAAUUACUGCUCUAAAGAGCUGAAGAUCCCCAUCAGGAUUGCUGCCACAGGAGUAGGUGUCCAGGAAGAAGACACCAAGCCCACCAAGCCAGACCCUGACGGGGGAGAUAAAGGCCCCUGUUGCCCCUGCCCCAAGUCAGUAGAGGACCUGGAGGCUGAGGCUGCUGACGCCUCCUAUCGAAAAGUUUUUGAGAACUUCUUGCACAACUCCAUCUUCACUCCGCGUCCACCAGACCGUCGCCGUCGAGAUUUGUUUGGCAUCGCCAACUCCACUGUGUCCCGCGGCAGCCGGCUGUUUACCAACAGCAGCAUCAGCCCUUCUUUACCGGCCGGUAACAGUAGCAGCAGCACGCCGGAUCCAGAGCCGUCAGAUCGAGAGUAUGAGUUUAUGGAGCAGUCUGUGACCGAGCGGGAGCUGCAGAUCUCCAACCUGCAGCCGUUCACCGUUUACCGCAUCGACAUCCACGCCUGCAACCGGCAGGUCCAGCACUGCAGUGCAGCAGAGUUUGUCUUCUCCAGAACCCAACCUGCAGAGAAGGCUGACGACAUCCCCGGCCUGGUGACGUGGGAGGGACAGGAGGACUGGGUGUUCCUGCGCUGGCCGGAGCCACACCGUCCAAACGGACUCAUCCUCAUGUAUGAGAUCAAGUUCAGACUGGCUGCUGAGGCUGAGAAGCAUGAGUGUGUGUCUGGUCAGAUGUAUCAGGCCCAGCGUGGCGCUCGGCUGUCCAACCUCAGUCCAGGGAACUAUUCAGUCCGAGUCAGAGCCACUUCACUGGCUGGCAACGGAUCCUGGACACACGUUCUGGAUCUCUAUGUAGCUGAACGAUAUGAAAACUUCCUCUACGCUAUGAUCUUCAUACCCAUCGGCAUUGUCCUCUUCAUCUGCUUCCUGGUUGCAAUGCUAGUUGUCUUCAACAGGAAAAGGAACAGUGACCGGCUUGGGAAUGGAGUCCUCUACGCCUCAGUCAACCCAGAAUACUUCAGUGCUGCUGAGAUGUAUGUACCGGAUGAGUGGGAGGUGGCGAGGGAGAAGAUCUCUCUGAGUCGGGAGCUUGGACAAGGAUCUUUUGGAAUGGUGUACGAGGGCAUGGCCAAGGGCGUGGUCAAAGAUGAACCAGAGACCCGUGUCGCCGUUAAGACAGUUAACGAGUCAGCCAGCAUGAGAGAACGGAUAGAGUUCCUUAACGAGGCCUCCGUCAUGAAGGAGUUCAACUGUCACCACGUGGUUCGUCUCCUGGGCGUGGUCUCCCAGGGCCAGCCCACCCUGGUCAUCAUGGAGCUGAUGACGCGAGGAGAUCUGAAGAGUUACUUGCGCUCCCUCCGACCUAAAGAGCAGCAGUGGUCAAACCUGUCUCUCCCUCCUCUGAAGAAGAUGCUUCAGAUGGCUGGGCAGAUCGCUGACGGCAUGGCUUACCUCAAUGCCAACAAGUUUGUCCACAGAGACCUGGCAGCCAGGAACUGCAUGGUGGCUGAGGACUUCACUGUUAAGAUUGGAGACUUCGGUAUGACCAGGGACAUCUAUGAGACAGAUUACUAUCGCAAAGGUGGUAAAGGUUUACUUCCUGUUCGUUGGAUGUCACCAGAGUCACUGAAGGACGGAGUUUUCACGACCAACUCUGAUGUCUGGUCGUUCGGCGUUGUGUUGUGGGAAGUUGCAACUCUGGCAGAGCAGCCUUACCAGGGUCUGUCCAAUGAGCAGGUCCUCCGCUUUGUCAUGGAGGGAGGAUUGCUCGAGAAACCCCAGUACUGUCCUGACAUGCUGUUUGAGCUGAUGCGGAUGUGUUGGCAGUACAACCCUAAGAUGCGUCCAUCUUUUUUGGAGAUCAUCAGCAGCAUAGAGGACGAGCUGGACCCGGCCUUCAGAGAGCUUAGCUUCUUCUACAGCGCCGACAACAAGCCUCCCGAUGCCCCGCAGCUGCACCUGGACAACAUGGACGACGUCCCUCUCGACCCCCCCUCUUCCACCCAGCCGCAGCAAGCCCCGCCCCCCCAACAGACCCCGCCUUCUCCCAGCUCCAAGGCUCCCCCCGCCCCCACGUUAACACCCAGUCCCCCCUCCUCACCCUGCUCGUCGAGCUCCGCCAUGGACAAGCAGCCCUCCGGCCAGCAGGCGGCCAACGGGCUGUCGGGGCCGAGUCUUGGGGCGGGUCCAGGACUUGGGCCAGGGUCUGGCGUCGUGAUGCGGCCAUCUCUGGACGACCUGCCACCUUAUGCGCACAUGAAUGGAGGACGCAAAAAUGAGCGCGCCAUGCCCCUCCCCCAGUCCUCUGCCUGCUGAUCAAGGGGUGUCACCCCUCCCACAUAACACUCCCACACCCACCCAAAUGCCCCCCAGACCUCAAACCCCACCUCCUGCUGCUCUACAGAGCCUGUCUUUCUCAGUGGGUGGAAUCUCAUUUAAAAGAAAAAAAAAAAAAAAAAAAACAUCACAAACAUUACCGCCAGCUGGGUUUGGCUCGUUUCUGAGCAGGAAAGACUCAGGAGGGUGGAGACACCUUCACUUCUCUGUCAGUCUACUAGUCUGUCAGUCCAUGUUCUGCUGUACCUCCACAUACUCUUUAUUUUUUUCUGUUUUGGUUUCUACCAGCUGGCUGUCAGAUGUGACAUUGCCCCUUGCUGCUGAGGAGGAAGAACAGAAGACCGAAAAGGAAAGAAGAAAGAUUGAAGUCAUUUGGGGAGAGGUCUCUCUCUCUUUCUCUCUCCCCUUAUGGCUGAACUAGUUUUAUAUAUUGUUGUUUAUUUGUUACUUUUUUAUAUCAAUUUCCAAAUAGGGAAAAAUGUGUAGGCCUUUAUAAAUGACCGGUGUUUUGGUCGCUUUUGGGCGGGCAUUACGGUGAAACUGUUGCGCAUAUCUAAUGAAGAAGCACUUCAGAGAGGUUGGCAUCUCUAUUUUCCAGUAGUUUGUGUUGUUGCUCUGCAGGCUGGGUAUCAGCGUCGCGCCAGGUCAACAGCCAAUCCGCUGAAAAGCAAAAAGAGGGGUAACGGUCUAAUCUGCCAAAUUUGUUGCCAAAUUGUAUUUUUUGCUGUUUAGUUCUCUCUCCUAUUGGUCUUCCCUUAUCAUUAUCCACCCCACCAGAUUGAAAAAAGCAAAAACAAACAAAAACAAAAAACAAACAGUUCUUCUGGCGCUCUGUACUGUUACCACGCCGUCCUAAAAAUCUGUGAUUAAAGGGAGAUUUGCUUCUCUCCACGGUCCUGUGCUCUCCAUCUUAGGUUACUGUUCAUUGCUCUCCUUGUCUACUGCAUUGAUCUCUUCUGGACAGAUACCUACUAAGUAGACCUCUAUCAGAUCUCCAUCAAACAGAUCCUCUAAAUAGAUCCUGGUUACAGAGAUUUCUCUGAGGUUGAGCCACAUCACAAAGUGCUGUUCCGCAAGGGUCUAACCGCCAAAUACCGUCAAUAAGCAAAAAAACAAAACCUCAAAACGAGGACUGGGGAGGGAAGAGCGUGAGGAUACGGACACUCGAUCUCCAACUUGAUGGACUCGGGGUUUGCUGCGAGUCCAGAGGCAUUGUUGUUGUACACAAGCAGGUAUUUUUUAGACUAGUCAUUAGUCUCUAAGAUUUACAACAUCUCUAUGUGGACAGCAUUUACAUACACAUCAAUUGUUUGUGUCACUUUUCUAACUUUUUUACAGUUGGAGACAUUCAUCAUGUACAGAAAGAAGCUGCUAUUCUUUAUUUCUCUUGUGGUUGUAAUAUAGCUGAUAUCUAUAUAUAAAGAGAAAAACUCCUUCAGGUUGGAUCUAUGACCGUUUCCACUACAGUCCAGUUGUUGUUUUUUUAAUGCUUGUAAUUGUGUAAAAGUGUAUCUGAGAUGGCGUUGCUUCUGUGUUGCUUAAAAAGGUUUGACGUUUUGCCUUGUGUUUUCUAACACCGGUACUUUCCCCACCCACCCAACCAGACGGACAGUGAUGGUAUCGAUGACCGUCGAUGUUCUUGUCUUCUUUCGGGAUGCCUUGGCUUCCCUCCUCUACCCAUCGUUCGCUGGGUCAGAGGUCAGAGGUCAGGCGUUGCUGCCGAGUCCCAACUGAAUCUCAGGUCAAAGAAAAGUGAAAUCCUUUUCUACUUUUUUUCCAGAUACUCGUUUUGUUUUGUUUUGUUUUGUUUUGUGUGUGUGCAUGUGUGCGGGCGGGCGUGUGUGUGUGUGUGUGUGUGUGUGUGUGUGUGUGCGGGUGUGUGUGUUUGUGCGUGCGUGUGUGUGUGUGUAUUGUGCUGUCAUAAGCAGAAACAUCCAGCCUGACUGUGUCUGUUACCUCCCUGUUUGAUCCCAUAUCCUUCUGACUCUCUUAUUUAAUUUUUUGGAUCAUUAGACAAGGCCAGUGUUUCUUAUGCUGUUGGGGAGGAACAAGAGUAGGUCCAAAGGUCCAAGUCUUGACUAGUACUUACUGUGUUGAUAUAAUGUUGGGUUCAAAGUGAAAAGUAAAUACAGGAUGUUUCUCUUAAGUCAUCUAGUCUUGAACUGAAAACUUUAUUUCUCCCUAAGUCCAGUGAAAAAAUCUGUCAGCAUGAUGCGAUAAUUCCACGUGUUUCUCAUGCAGAUCAGCUCGUUUCUUGAAAUACCGUAAGUGUGAUUUUCUUGGUGCUGGAGUAAUCUACAUUAUUGUCCUGCUUAAAGAUAUUGACGCUUGUAUCUAGAACAAUUACUGAAACUGCACUGGGAAACGAGCUGGAGUAUCUCACCCCGCUGGAAAAGGUUUCCCUGUGCUUUAAGAAAAAUAACAUUUUAAGAUUGAACAUGAGACUAAAAGGUUUGUUCAGAUGGAGAAAUGUUUGUGAAACCAGAGGCCCAGAAGUUACAUUUGUACACCCAGUCCCAGCCCAGAUAUUCCUUGUUUUUUUUUUUUUCAUUCCAUUAUUUUCUUUAUUUUGUGAAGUAUAAAUCACUGUACAAAUUUAAAAAAAAAAAAAAAAAAAGGUUUUGUUGUUCCUUCAAGCAUCCAUCUACCUCAAUGUUUGUUUUUCACUCGAUGUACGUGUUCAGAAAGACAGAACAAUCUCAUCUCUGAUGUCCCGCUGUAGUGACGAUCUUACUGAGUGCUGUUCAUGUGGACAAAUGCAUUACAACACAAAACACAACAAACCACAAACCAAACCAUCCUGUAGCGGACAGAGUGCAGAAACAUCUUGCAGUCAGAGGGGAAAAUGAAAACCACACUAUUGCUGGUAAAUGUUAGCUGGUUUCUGGUAAACUACCAAACCAUCAUUUCUACUCUAAACAUAAAUGUGGCUGAUGAAAGAGUGAAGGUGGUGGUGGAUUUGGGGAUGUACCAGCCUUUGUCCUGGUCAGGGUAGAAGAAUUGGCUGUCUAAAGCUCUGCAGUGUGGUGGUGGUGGUGUGUAUGUGUGGUGUUUGUCUUGUCGUUUCUGAUGUAACUCUACAUCCAGACCACUCCAUCCCUUUGCCCAUCCCUUUCCCUGUCUGUCCUCCAAACCUCAGCAUCAGCUCAGAGAGGCUAUUCUACAUAAAAAAACUGUAGUUUUGGAUGUUGUUUGGUGCUGUGAGGAUACUUUUCUGUGGGUUCAGAGAAGAACCAGAGAUUUUUAUUUUGUAAAGGCGUUGAAAAGUGUCUGGAUAUUAAGCAUCUGUGAAGUUGUGUGUGUCACCGCAGUGUAUCGAUGUAGGUGGUGGAAAUGGAUACUAGUGUACUUUUGACCUUGAAGGCCAAACCACUCUUCCUCUUCAACGCCUCGCCCCUUCACACAAACACACAGACAAAUCGUAGACUGUGUGUUUACACAGCCUGAUGCAAAUAUACAGCUAGACAGCUCUAACAGUCAUCCAAGAGGUGAUGUUGGUGUAGCAUCAGCCUCAGUCCUGAUGUGUUCCUGCCCUGUAGCUAAACCUCCUGGUCUCCUUGUCUUAUUAUCGUGUUCAUCUCCUCCCAAUGUCCCUGUCACCUGCACACCCAAACACCACAUCUUGCCGUUUAAAUCAAGCGACUGGCCAGAAGAGGUGUGGCUUCAUCUUCCUGUCAGACCUGUAGAUGGUUCUGUUUGAGCCAGAGUCCCACACCUCCAGCGCCAGGGAGGAGUCAGGCAGGAGAGGAAAUGUGGUAUUUUCAUAUUCACGCCUGAUGUUCUCAAAUCUGCUGGAGGAAGGGUGUGGUAUGUUCUGGUUUGUGGAUGACACGAAGGACAGAGCCGUGUGGUCAGGGAGCGAAUUUGUUUUCUUGUCCAAAGUCCAGUUAGUUUGAAGUGCAGAUGUUACAAGUUGAGUCUGGUUUUGGAGAGGUCUUGUCUUUGUCUGCUGGCUGUUCAAUCCUGUUUCUGAUUUUUGACACACUGAGAAUGGAAAUGGAAAUGGAAAUGGAGUUAAUUGAAAGACAUGUCACUGAUUGGAAUUGUUUCUUUUUUGUGUUUUAUUUUUUGUUUUGUUUUUGUUUUUUGUUUUUUUAAUAAAUUCAGAUCACCAGCUCUGCCCAUGUUUUUGCAUUUCAUAUAUAUAUAUAUAUAUAUAUAUAUAUAUAUCAUCAAAUCAAUGAUGUAAUAUGUCCUUUAUCUGUGUUAGUAAUUACAAAUGUCAGAAGAACACAUUUCCAUGUUACUAAGGUAGAGGUUGGCUCAUAACUUGCUGAUGGCCAGCUUCCAUCUAACUGUGGGAGAUUUCUAGUGCCACAGAUUUCCUGGUGUACUACACGCAAACAACCGCAGGCAAAUACAGGUGUUCAUAACAACAUGAGGACGAUGGGGCAUUUUCAGUUCAUCCAUGUGUCUGUUUUGAGAUGGGGCACAUAUGUGCUUUCAGCAUAACGUGUGUCAGCUGGUCAAUGACGCAUUGCCACCAUGGACCAGGGAGGACGUUUGUCACCUUUAAAGGGGUUGAUUUAGUGAUGUUUCUUACUCAUAUGUAUGCAUUCUGUUUUCUCCACAAGCACUGGUAGCCAUAAUGCCCUUGAGCUUGUUCUUUUCUGCAAUUAUGGGACUUGAGUGCGCUGCCUCACACCUGAACACAUCACCGUAGUAGAACAUAAUCACGGUAAAGAACUCCCUCAAGGACGUUUCAGCCAUCAGGAAGUGUCAUCAGUGUGCUAACUGUGCGGUAUUGUCUGUUGUGGAGGUCUGGGCAGACUGGCCUGGUGGUUAGAGAGAGUGUCCUAAAACUGAAAAACUACAGGUACAUGUCUGCACCCUUCGCUCUCAAGAUGCUGGAUUAUUAGUUGUUCAAAGAGUUAAAAAGAAGUCAGCUGGACAGCGGGCCUUUUCCUAUUGCUCUCCCUUCCUCUGGGAUGAUCUACCUACAGAAAUCAGGGAGGCAAACUCUCUUGAUGCCUAUAAAUCCAAACUUAAGAAUUAUCUGUUUUCUUUAACUUAUGCAUAAUCAUUUCAAGUUGACCACUAACAGAGGCUCAUUUUCAGCCACUUGGCUCCCUUUUCAUAGCUUAGUUUGAGUUCUGCCGGUUUAGAUGUCUCUCACAAUCCCUAUCUUCUUCUGUUUCCUCUCUACCUUCAGUUGUCUUCUGUUUUACUAAUCCGUUCUCCCUGGUCCUGCUCCUUCUACAGACAUUAGCUUUGCUGCAUUACUGCAUUUAUCUACUGUAAUAUCUCUGCUUUUUUAAGUCCUGGUACCCUGCCCCUGUCCUCUGUAUGUGUCUUAUAUGCUUGACUAUGAAUGCCUUGUGUGACUGUCUUCCUCCCAGGUGCACCUGUACUCGGCCCCUUCCCCGUCAUCCCCCAUGUCCUCGCUGUUGCUGCAGCUUCAUGGCUGAUCAUCGCCCUGUGCUCCCCUGCAGCUUUUGCUACCUUGAUUUUGUCUUCUUGUGUGUUUUAUUUUGUAUUAUCACUGUUUGUUUGUUUGUUUGUUUGUUUCAUUUCCUGGCUCAGCAUGUAUUGCACACCUGUCUGGCCAUGAAAGCGUCUCCGCUCUCUGUGGUCCUUCUCAAGAUUUCUUUCAUUUGUCCCUGUCCCACCUUUGGGUUUUUGGGAGAGUUUUGUCUUACCCGCUAUGAGGAUUUAAGUUAGUCCUGUCUAUUGUAAACUUGUGGCCCUGUAAAGCCCUUUGAGACUGUAAACAGUGAUAUUGGACUUUAAAUAAAUUUGAACUUGAACGUGAAUCACCAACUAGAACAUCGUAGUCAAUGGCGGGGCUAGACGAACUGGCCAAAGUGUGUUGGACUUCUCAGAUCACGAUCAGCUGAUGUUCAGGGUCUGUGUGUCAAGUGGCUGAUCCAUCUCUCAGCAGGCGGCCCACCAUCAGUCAGAGUCCAGUUCCAUUCUAAACAUCCUGGUGGUUGGUAAAAUAGUGAAAGUGGCUGCUUAGAUUUUGCGGCUUACCGAACACUGCCCUGCCCUGCAGCAGUGGUGACCUCCCUGUCUGCCUCUCUCCGGUCUCCAGUGUCCAGUCUCCACAGACACUCCUCUUUUCAUGAAUCUCUCUCAAUGUCUGGCCCUGACUCUUCUCUGUCUGUGAGUUUCUCUCUUCCCUAAUGAAGCAGGUUUCUAUUUUCAGGCUGGGAGUCUCAGUGGUUUGAUCCAGGUCCAGUCGAUAUCAGCAGUGGGUUUUACUUCAGAGUCCAGUAACUCGGUCCAGCCAAGGCAGACUGGGCCGUAAAGCCAGUUUGCACUGGUCAGACAAGUUAAGAAUGGGUCUUUUCAACAUUUGUGGUCUGACUUUUGCAUCAGUUUUACCACUGGAACGCCUCACAGAGCUGACAUUAAAUAGAACAAACUUUAUUUUGGUUUGGUUUGGUUUUUUGUUACAAAUGAUGGCCAAUUUGCUACCAAGGCUUUGAUGGGUGUAAAUUAUUCAUAGCCUUUCAACUCUUGUGUUUAUGUUGAAAUUAUUUGUUAGACUGAGGUUUCAUUUUGGUUUUCUUUUGUACAUUCUGUUGUAAGAAUUUCUUCCUGUUAUCAAUAUAUUAUGAAUACUGGGAAAAAAUGUCGAAUGGCUGAAGGAUAAGAGAAUGUUGGUUUCUCUGAUUCUUUUUUUCUACGAGUUUACCACAAGAUUUAAGAUGAAUAAAAAUGUAUGCAAACUGUU